AUGUGCAGUAGCGCCGAUCUGGCUUUGGCAGGGCUGUCCCAUAGACACCAAGCCCGUGAGACCUUCUACCGACAAACUCGGGCUCUGUAUGAGUCCGACUCCGACCCGGACAAGAUAAUUAAUGUAGUCGCUGUGUUCCUUAUCAGUUUCUGGUGUGGUGGCCCCAACGAUCAGAAGGAUUCUUGGCAUUGGCUGGGGAUUGCCAUUGGAGCUGCACGGAGUCUGGGGUUGCAUCGCUCGACGUCUAAAUCCCACAUGAGUAGCCAGACCGCCCAGUUAUAUAGAAGAAUAUGGUGGAGCUUACGGAUCCGAGACGCUCUUGUCAGUGGAUCCAUUGGAAGACCUCAGCACUUCUCAGUCAACGACUGCGUUGUCGAGAUGCUAGAGCCCGGAGAUCAUGCAUAUAAGUAUGGCCCUCUGGUAGACACCGCCGCAUUCAAAAAGGUCUCUGCUAUGAUCGCGCGCGGGAAAAAAGACGCUCAACUCCUGUUCGGAGGAAAUCAAAUCGGUGAUCGAGGCUAUCGAACCGACUGUUUUUUUUACGAACCAAAUCCUGGGGCAGAGAUACACCGCGAGGAGGUAUUUGGUCCAGUGUCGGUGGUUCGAGUGUUUGAUACAGAGGAUGAAGUGGUCGCGAUGGCUAAUGAUACAGAGUAUGGUCUCAUGGCGGGGGUCUCUACGACAGAUUUGAAUGCAAUGCGAAUGUCUGGGAGGAUUGAGGCUAGAGUUUGUGGGGUAAAUUGUGAUAGUGUGAUGAAUGUGCAGGUGCCGUUUGGGGGUAAGAAAUCGUCGGGGAUUGGAAGGGCGUUUGGUUCUAACGUGCUGGAUGCUGAUACUGAGCCGAAGACCGUUUUGAUCUAUGUUGGAAGGAGUAAGGUUACGUAG